AUGAGAGCAAGGUGUUUUACAUGGUACACAGUGUUGUGGGACAUUCGUUUCAAAUGCCUGGAUGCGAUGAAUGGUGAGGAAAUACCAGCUAGGUGUCUUGGAGAAACAGGAGCUCUUAGUUUCAAGAAACCAACAGAACAAGAUAUAAAAGAUACACAAGAACUUGAAGCUAGCCUUGCACAACUCAAUAUUUUUGAAACACCUGAAGAGAUAUCACAACGACGUGAAGCUCUUGUUCAAUUACAAGAGAUAUCCAAUGCUUGGAUUCGUAAAAAAGCACUUGAGCAAAAUCUUCCUCCACAUGUUGCCAAUUCUACAACGGGAAAAAUUUUCACUUUCGGUUCAUAUCGUUUAGGUGUCAAUUUCAAAGGUGCAGAUAUUGAUUCCUUACUGGUUGUCCCGCGGUUUAUAACACGCGAGGAAUUUUUUAGUGAUUUCCUGAGUGUAUUAGAAGAAAAUUCUAAUGUAGAAGAUUUGCACGCUGUAGUAGGCGCCUUUGUUCCACUACUUAAGAUGAAAUUUAUGGGAGUUGAAAUUGACCUUCUGUUUGCACAAAUUGAUCAAAUGUCUAUACCAGAAAACUUCAAUCUAUGCGAAAACACUGAAGUAUUAAUGCGUAAUAUGGAUGAACGAGAUGUACGCAGUAUUAAUGGUGUUCGUGUAACCGAAGAUAUUCUCAAUCUUGUCUAUAAUAAAAAUUCUUUCAAAGUAGCACUCAAGGUUAUCCGAAUCUGGGCGAAACGUAGAAAUGUAUAUUCCAAUGCAUUGGGUUUCCUUGGCGGUGUAUCAUGGGCAAUUCUAGUUUCUCGAAUCUGUCAACUGUAUCCCUAUGCAACACCAUCUAUGAUUGUUUAUUUAUUUUUCAAAAUAUUCAGUCAAUGGCCUUGGCCAAAACCUGUCAGACUAAGAGAGUCUGAAUAUAUUGCUAGUUUAUGCUUGCCUGUUUGGGAUCCAAGGUUAAAUCCACCAGAUCAGUAUCAUCUGAUGCCUAUACUGACGCCUAGUUAUCCUUCACAAAAUUCAACAUACAAUGUACAACGCAGUAAUCGUAUUAUUAUUGAAAGAGAAUUAAAACAUGGUUUAAACAUUGUUAGAGAAUCAAUGAUGCAUAAACGUUCUUGGUCUGAUUUAUUCGAAGCAGCGUUUUUCUUUCAAUAUAGACAUUAUGUUGUUGUCAUUGUUGUUGGAAAUAUUAAGCACACAUUCAUUGAAUUAUGCGGUCUAGUUGAAUCUAGACUACGUGUACUUGUCAGUAAUUUCGAGUUGAAUCGUUAUGUUAAAAUGGCACAUGUAAAUUGUCGUGCUUACGGUAAAGGACCUAAUGAUGGUGAUGCUAAUUUUGUACGUAAAUGGUUUAUUGGCAUGGAAUUUGAUCGACAUACUAGUUCCUUAACGAGUACAGUGCAUAAUAAUAAUAAUAAUAGUAAUAAUAAUUCAAAUAAUUCAUCAACUGAUAAACCAACUCUAAAUGUCGACUUAAGUGAGAAUAUUAGCUCAUUUGAAAAAUCAAUUGAACGUGGUCUAUCCAGUGAAGAUUUAUCUGUUUCUGUUAAAUAUGUUAAAAAAUCACAAUUGGUUCACUUUAUUUCCCCGGAAGACAUGGAAGAAAUUAAACGUCAAGCAGCGGCUGCUGCUGUAUCAAAUGUAAAUAGUUCAGAGAAUCUGAAGUCUUUUCGUAUGCAUACGAAUAGUAACAGUAGCAGUAACAAUAACAAUAGCACAUCGAACUCUAUGUCCAGUCCAGCAAGUUGUACUGAACUUUCUGCAUCGGAUGAAGUCUCCUCUCCUUCAAACACUUUACAAACAUCUGUCUCCACCAGUUCACUGAUGACGAAUGCAUCUGUUGCUAGAAAUUCUAUAACAGAUGUCAAAUGUCCCCCGUGUUCUCCGACGUCUACAUGUUCCAGUGUAGGUGAUACUGUAUUGACUGAGGUUCAUGUGAAUGAAACAAUUGAUCCCACCACCACCAACAACAACAAUGAUGAUGAUUAUGAUAAUAAUGAUAAUAACAAUAAUCACAGUCAAGAUCUCAAACAAAAUAAGCCGUCAUCUUCAAGUCAUGUCCCGUGCAAUAACAUGGUUAAAUUAACCGAUUCCCCUGGUCGACUUACACCAAAACGUACUGGAUCAGUUGACCCAACAUCAUCUCACGAAACAGCCUCAGAUAUUGUCUCUUCUGAUUGUCAUAAUAAUAAUGCUGAAAACAUGAAUGAUUCCGAGGAUUUUCGAAAACGUGCACGUAUAUCAUCUGAAGGUCCACGAACUGUUGUCUUCACUUCUUCUGCCCAGUAAAAUGAUUGUUUGUUUCUGCCGACAAAUUGUAUACCGGAAAAAAAAAUGUAUCCUUGUAAUUAUUUCUGUCCCCGCCCACCACCUAGAUAUACGCAUACACAUACACACACACACACGCUCCGUCCAUCGUCAAGUGAAACACAUAACGUAUUCAUCUCAGUUAGACAUAUGUGUCAAUUGCUUUAAGUAAUCUAUACUACUUUCGUUUAUUUGUUCAAUCGGGAUCCAGAGUGAACUUUGACCCCUCUACACAUGCGCAUUUAGACAAAUUCCUCUAUCUCUCUAUCUGUCUGUCUGUCUGCCUGUCUCCUCUGCAAUCUUUUUCUCUAUUCCAUUCGUAUUACUUUGAUUAUUCCAAUCUUGCGGUGAUGGCGAAUUUUGAGGCAUAUAAUGAUAUUAAUGAUGAUGAUGAUGAUGAUGAAAUGAUGAUGAGUGAGGAAGGUCUUCGUGUUCACCUUGUCAGUAUAUAAUUCUAAAAAGCAGAAAAAAAGAGACGACGAUUAAGCCAACUGCAACAACACCACCACCACCGCCACCAACAUCAUCAUUCUACUCCCAAAAAUUAUUCUUCGAAGAUAAUAUUGCCUCCUGUUGUGAAUAUAUCUCUUCUAUACUAUCAUUACAUAUAUGUUGUAUAGUUGGAUGAAGUUAUCUAUAUGUAUACAAUAUAUAUAUUCAAUCAGGUUAGGAUGAAUACGUCCCCCCCAGACAAUAUUCAAUGCGUGUGUAUGUGUGUGUGUCACCUCGUUCGCCAUCAUUUUUAUUAUAUAUACAUAUUAGCGUGUUGUCAAUAUAAUUGGUUUGUUGUUGUAUGUACGUAUGUCUGCUUGUAUGUGUGUGUAUGUGUGUUUGAAUGUUGUUAUGUUUAUGUAUGAACGAUUGUAUGUGCUGAGAGUGCGUGUGUAUGUUUGCCUGUGAGGGUGUGUAUGUGUUGAUGUGUGUGUGUGUGUUUGAUGAUAAAUUUCAGGUUUGGUGUUCUAUUAUGCUCUCUCCUCAUCUACACUCACUCUCACAAGUUUUUAUACUCAUUCCCUUUGUUUUUUCAUAUAUAUAUGCAUCUACUUACUACUCGUCAUAUUACCGCACACAUUUACACACACACACACUCACACACACAUCACAUGCAUACAUACAUACCUCUCGACACACUACCCCCCAGGUUUAUAUAUUAUAACUUCUUGCGUUGUUCUCUCUCUCGUUUUUUAUUAUUUACAAGCUUUGUUAUGUUUCUUGCAUUCUUUGUAUGUGUGCGUGUGUGUGUGCGUGUGUGUGUGUAAAUGUUGCCUCUUUAUCCUACUUUUCUCUACCUUCUUUUAUUAUUAAUUAAAAAUAAUAACGGGCGAAAUUUUGUACUUUGUUGUUGGUUGGCUGAAUAAAUAUAGAUGAGUUAUACUCUGCCAA